AUGGCAGGCGACAAGAUCCCGAGCCUGCACGCCCUCGAGAAGCCCGAGGACCUCAAGGUGCUCAUGCGCCAGGACCGAGGCGACGACUGCCUCAGCUGCCGGAUUGUCGGAAGCGGCGCCUUUUUCGGGCUGGCUGCGUACAGCUACCUCUCAGGCAUGUCGCAGCUCGAGAAGCAGCGCGCCGCCAUAUUGAAGAGCAGGUCGGUCUUUGGCAUCAAGAGCCGCCGGGCCGGCAUCGCGGGCAUCUCGCUGGGCCUGGCGUGGAUGGGGCUAUGGAGGGCUUUUCGGUGA